AUGUCGGCAGCCGACUCCCCGCGGGUGCGGCCCAUGGCCUCGUUUGACAACAGCUCCCAGAGCACGAAUGCUUCGCGGCAGUCACUUCCCACUCCACUUCAGCUCUCUGCAAGUGGUGUGUCUACCUCUACCUUUCCUGCCCUCCGGCCCGACGACCUGACACCGCCUUCCUCAGCAACGCCUUCCUCGAACGGUGGUCGCGAUGACACUCCCACGUCGCCAACGCCGAAGAAGGGUGCUGGCACCACUAUAGGCGCCCGGAAGUUGGAUUCGCCCGGACCAUCACGGUCACUGAGCCCAGCACGUCGCACUAGGACGGACAGCACUGCAGGCUCUAAGAGAACAGCCAGUGGUCAAAUCAAGAAUACGCAUCACCAAUCAUUCCCACAGGAUAUAUCGGGCGAAACGGGUCGAAUGCGUGCUUCGAGCAGCGCGUCAGUUGGUAGCACUGGUAAUGUUACUGAAAUAUCUCAGCAGCUGCGUACAAAACUCAAGUAUGCGAUGGUCAAGGUACAGAAUGGAUGGCAGUCGCGGUCUCUUGAAGAAAUCGAGACCCUCGCGUCUGCUUCGCCUCGCUCCACUGUGUCAGGCUUUCCUGCUGACCGCCAUCUCGCCGAGUCGCCCAGAAGAUUGAUGCAGCAACGCUCGACGCGCAAAUGGAGUGAUAGCUCGAGUUCUGAAAGCAGCCGCUCUGAUCUCCAUGUUUUCUCAUCCAGUCGCCUUCCAGGCGUUCCCGAGGAUGCCCUGCAACAACCUCAACUGCGAGGCCUGGCCCCACCAGCAGAUAUCAUUUCGGGACACAGGCGACGUCCUUCGCCUAACGAAACAGGAGGCGCCAGUGGCAUAUCUAAAUUGCAGGAUCUGAGACGCGGCGUUCGACCUUCGUCGAAACAGCGCACGCCAAGCCAGAAUGCCGCCAUGGAAGCAGAUGCGGUCGAGACGUUAAUGUUCAUGGCAAGCCCGAACAAUUCGGGUUACCACCCUUCCUCUCAAGCGUCUCAAGUAUCUUCGCUGCGGCCCAUGCAGCCUUUGUCAGCCAUGACAUCGCCACUUCGCACGCAAUUCAGUCAGACCAGCGUCAGUUCGCCGAAGAAAGUCGCUUUUACUGAUCAGCACAAAGCAGCCGCGGAGGUUAACACGUCUGCGUUCAUCGACCAUAUGCUAGACAAUUUACCUGAUGAAAGCGAAGAUGAGCUGAACGAAACACUGGCGCUCGUCGAUGGACCCAAGAUACCAGUCUCGUAG